AGUGAAAAUCAUUAACCUCUUUAACGUCGCUAAACAAAAAUGACACCUCAGAUGUUUAUUUUAAUAGGUUAUAUGUUUAAAAUAUUACACUUCCACGCUUUUCUGUGAUGUCUUUCAUAUACAAAAAUGCCCUUUCGUGAUAUUUUUAAAUACUGUUGUAAAACUUUAUUUAUUUAGUUUCUUAUCCGACCACCAAAUAAUCUCCAUUGCAGUGCCACAGUUCAGACCUCAACUCUGUCCUAAAUUCCAGUCAAAAACUUCUGUCACAUAUUGCUCUGGCUGCUUUGACUUCGAUAUAAACAGUGGUUCAUAGCUUACGUUGUCAAGUUUUUAAAAUGCAACAUCCAUACACAAACUAAUUUGACUUGAUCACAUCAUUAGUAUUAUCAAAUCUGCUCUAUUCAGCAAUGUAGAUGAUGUUUUUGUCAUUACUUAUCUUUUCAGUCAUGGCAUCCUCCAGUGGUCCAUUAAAUGAUGAGCUCCAGUGCUCCAUCUGUCUGGAUGUGUUCACUGAUCCAGUCACCACUCCAUGUGUACACAACUUCUGCAGAACCUGCCUGAACAAGUGCUGGACAAACACACAGACCUGCUGCUGUCCGCUCUGUAAAGAAACAUUAAGCAGAAGACCUGAUCUCAAGAUCAAUACAACACUCAGAGAGGUUGUGAAACACUUUAAGGAGAAGCUCAGUCUAGGAAGAUCUGAGGUGUUCUGUGACAUUUGUGAUGAAAGAAAGCAGAAAGCUGUGAAGUCCUGCUUGACGUGUCAAAGCUCUUACUGUGAGACUCACCUGGAGCCUCAUCACAGAGUCCCACGUCUAAAGAAACACAAACUGAUCAACGCUGUGGAAAAUCUGGAGGAUUAUAUAUGCCAGAAACAUGAGAGACCUCUGGAGCUGUUCUGCAGAGAUGAUCAGACGUGUGUGUGUCUGUCCUGCACUGAAGGAGACCACAGGAACCACAACACUGUUCCUAUAGAGGAGGAGAGUCAACAGAAGAAGAAUCAGCUGGUUCAGACACAGACAGACGUGCAGCAGAUGAUCCAGAACAGAAUGAAGAUGAUUCAGGAGAUCCAGCACUCAGUAGUGAUCAGGAAGAGAAACACAGAGGAAGAGAAAUCAGCCAGAAAUCAGCUCUUCACUGAUCUGAUCUGCUCCAUUGAGAGAUGUCAGUCUGAGCUGCUGAAGAUGAUGGAGGAACAGCAGAAAGCAGCAGAGAAACAGGCUGAAGAUCUCAUUAAAGAGCUGCAGCAGGAAAUCACUGAUCUGAAGAGGAGAAACACUGAGCUGGAGCAGCUCUCACACACUGACGAUCAUCUGUACCUACUACAGAUGUUCUCAUCCCUGUGCAGUCGUCCACACACCAAGAACUGGACUGAGAUCAGUAUUGACUCUGAUGUGGAUGUGAUCCCUAUGAGCAGAGCUUUGAUUCAGUUUAAGAAAACUCUUGAUGAAACUCUAGAUGGAAAACUCAUUCCGUCUGAGUUGAAGUUGGUUCAGAAGUUUGCAGUGGAUGUGACUCUGGAUCCUGAUACAGCGCAUCCAUAUCUCAUCCUGUCUGAUGAUGAAAAACAAGUCAGUGAUGGAGACACUGAGCAGGACGUCCCAGAAAACCCAAAGAGAUUUGACUCUUGUUCUUGUAUUCUGGCAAAGGAGGGAUUCAGUUCAGGGAGAUUUUACUAUGAGGUGCAGGUGAAGGGAAAGACUGAGUGGGAUUUAGGAGUGGCCAGAGAAUCCAUUAACAGGAAGGAGGCGAUUGACCUGAGUCCUGAGGAUGGAUACUGGACUGUGAUUCUGAGGAAUGAGAAUCAUUAUAAAGCUUGUGAAAGUCCAUCUGUCUCUUUAUCUCUAAAAGUGAAUCCUGAGAUUGUGGGAGUGUUUGUAGAUUAUGAGGAGGGUCUGGUCUCUUUUUAUGAUGUGGGGCUCAGAUCGCAUAUCUACUCUUUCACUGGUCAGACUUUCACUGAAAAACUCUAUCCAUAUUUUAGCCCAUGCCCUAAUGAUAAAGGUAAAAACUCAAAACCACUGAUCAUCACACCUGUUAACACAAAUAAAUUGCUCUGAAAUAUGAGACAUGAAAUCUGGAAAGAUUAACUAUUUAAGAGCUGAUUUUGUAAAUGAUUAAAGUAUGUAAAUAAACAAAAAAGUACAUACUAAGAUCCAUAUUAUUAUUAAUAAUAAAAAUUAAAUAUUAGUAAAUUGCAAGAAAAAUAGUAAGUUGUCACAGCUACAGACUGGACUAUGAAAAUCCUAAAUGGAUUUUCAUUUCUAUAAAUGGAAGCUCAUUUCUAAAAAUGUUGAAAUGUUUUUGAUCUGGUGUGCAGAUUAAAUGUUUUCUAUUGUUUUGUCAUAAUAUUUUAUACAAAUAACUUCAUACAGGUCCUUCUCAAAAAAUUAGCAUAUUGUGAUAAAGUUCAUUAUUUUCUGUAAUGUAGACUUUCAUAUAUUUUAGAUUCAUUACACACAACUGUAGUAGUUCAAGCCUUUUAUUGUUUUAAUAUUGAUGAUUUUGAUAUACAGCUCAUGAAAAUCUGAAAAAAUUAGCAUAUUUCAUCCGACCAAUAAAAGAAAAGUGUUUUUAAUACAAAAAAAGUCAACCUUCAAAUAAUUAUGUUCAGUUAUGCACUCAAUACUUGGUCGGGAAUCCUUUUGCAGAAAUGACUGCUUCAAUGCGGCGUGGCAUGGAGGCAAUCAGCCUGUGGCACUGCUGAGGUGUUAUGGAGGCC